AUGGGACCAAGCUACAUCUCCCUCGCUUUUGGUAGUUCCCCUUUCUUCAUUCUUAUCUUAGAUAAGUAAAAUCAUCGAAGUACAAGUAGAAGUACUGGUACAACUCCAUCAACUCCGAACUAGAAGAAAAAGCCGAGAUGCCGGAGGGCCACGGAAGUGCUUCCCUCGGGGAGCCGUCUGGAGUCGUCUCGAACUGUGUGCCUUUGCUUUUGGAGCCUUCAGCGAGGUUUCAGCUAAAAGUCGCUGUCCUUGGCAAUCAGAGUUAAGACGAAUUAUAUGAUCUUAACCGUAAUCCGCAUGAUCCUUUCGGCCGACUUAGUUUCGUUAGAGGUCUGCACCAGCUUGUCCCACAACUCUAAUCUCGCGUAGGGAAGACGACGAUGAUCAACAGUAUCUUUCAAGACCAGUUCGGCAGCGUGUCCGACCGGCGUUGCACAGCUGGAGUGCACCACUAUCACAUCGAGAUCCUGCCGCCGCAACAAGAACAGCCGAAAACGAUGAUUCAGAGUCUCACGAGCGUUUUCUUUUACGACCGGCGACACCAUUCGAUGACCCCAACUUUUACUUGAAAACUUCUAUGAUUCGCGCUUUUCAAAAAAUUGAACUCUUUCUUCUCUAAUUUGUGGGUGCCGGUAAACCGGAGGUCCGACCUGCUGCGCAAGUGUAUGACCAAGUCGUUGCAACGGACAAAAAGCUGCGAAGGUCAAUGGGGUGCGAAUCAGUGGAGGAAUGUCAUUGGAAUGUCAAAUGUCCUGAGAUAGUGUCCACCGACAGCACUAUUCCAAACCAAGGCGUCGAUCUGGUAGCUCUAGUUUGUCUUAUUGACGAUGUUCUUAGCAGAUUUUCGUAAGAGUCUUGCGAGUUUCAUUAUUUUAGUUGUACUUAUGAACUUGUACGUCGCGACAUAGUGAUGAGAAGAAUUAGCAUCCACUGCUUCUUGAUUCACAUUCAUUCUUCACACUUAGUCGUGCUUGCUCUUACUAAUUAUAUGGGCGUAGAUCAUCACCAUCACUACCACCUAGUAGACUUAUUGUUCCAUGCGACGAAGAACCCAGUACCAUGUCGUCCUCGUCUGCAGACUACCGUAUAACUCCACCAAGGUUUUUGUGGAUAUUCCUGGCCUCAACUGUCCGGAUAAAGGAGACCAGUACAAGCGCUAUGUGGAGAAUCAUUUUUCAGAGUUCGACUAUUUUUUGGUUAUGGUGGACGGUGACAAAUUUUCGACUAGCGCAAACGAAAUGGGCAGCCCUGAGCAAACUACGAAAGUAUUACCUAAGACAAGUAAAAAGUACUAUCAAGGCGAACGUAGCUACUUGUUUCGCUUUUGCUUGUUUCGCUAUCAUCGAGGUUCGUGUGGCUCUUGCAUGUACACGGGAGUAUUUCCUUUUUUUCCAGAGCGGUACUGGCGUGCUAUUUACCAAAUUCUUGCUAUUGCGUUAAUCUUAAUAUGAUUGAUGCAUAGAUUUAGUCAUGCAUAGAUUGAGAUUUAGUGAGAAGCUAUAUUUUCUUCUUUCCCCUUCUUUCAGGGUGACGAUGUGAUGAUGGAUGGUUCCAACGGUGUGCCAGGCUUAGACAGCGAAAGCACGGCUGCUCCUUGGUCUCACAGGACUGCCUCGGACAGUACUUCGCACUAUGGAAGUGCCUGGGCCGCUACUAAUGCCAACCUGGCUGCCGCGGCAGCGCAGCAUCAUACAGGGGAACAAUGGCCGCCAAGCCGCCCAGUCACACAAGAGCUGUAUCAGAUCUUAUGGAGACAAGGUUUAAGGCUUUCUAAUCCACACGACUGUGUACUUUUGACAGCUGGUUGUAGUUUGUCGAGUUUCUUGGUGUCAACGUGAUAUCUAUGAACAUGGUUUCAAUUUCUAGAGUCUAGUAUAAAAACCAUUAGUAUCUUCUCCUCGAGUACAAUAAAAACUGAGUGUACCUGUCAAGCAUUGGUAGUUCUUGAACUAAAAUAUCAGUGGGCUUUGGAAUCGGCUGAAUUAGCUUCCGGUGAUGAAAUGUCUGCCUCUAAGGACCGGAUCUGCUAUGGAGUCAGAAGGGAUCACGAAUGAGCGGUGGCAAGCCACAGCAGCCUACCCCGGAGGGGUGGAGGACGACUGGAGCGGCGCAGCUGCUUUUGCGAGCAGCGGAGAGCAUCGCGACUGGACGGGAUAUGGGAACGAGCACCUCACUGAGAAAGAGCAGGAGCUUAGCAGAGGAGGCAGAUAUGUACUACAAGUUGUCAACUUGUCGUUCUUCACCAUAUGGUUGUAACUAAUGUUCUUUUUACUUUUGUACUAGAAGGAAGAUGUGAUGCGUUCAACUUUCUGUGUUAGAGAUGACGCUAUGAUGAAAGUCCGUAUUUCGUUCGGGAAAAAGGUCUUUAAUAUCACGAGGUUUCUGUCAUCUCCCAUGCACCAUGACCAGGCUAGCAAACGUGGGGGCGUUACUUCACCGGACGACGACGACGAACUUUCUGCGAGUCUCUCGAGUGAAUCACCUGCCGAAGCCCGCAGUGCCGCGCGUCACUACAACCGUGCGCCGCCGCCACCCUCGGUCGAUUGUUCCUACCUUGGUGAAGACGAUCAAAAAUUGGUCAAAUGGUUUGCUGGGUUGAUGUACAAUCAAGGGCAGAAGCUCGACAUACCACCCAGUUGCCUCGUUGUUAACAAGGUAAUAUAUGGCUUACAACAUGUCAUCUAAUUCUUCUAAACCUACCCAGUAAAAGUGAGGAGAAAAGUUCGGUUUUGGAUUCACAAAAUUUCCGACUCAAGAAAAACAUCCGCGAAAGCGUGCACGAAAGAGAUGAUUAAGUGAGCCGGAAAAAGAUAGAAUUAGAAUGCACAAGCGUAUGCCCUUGCACCUAGAGCCAUUGAGAGGGCUAUCGUUAUGUCUUUCACUACUUUGGUUCUCUUUUUUCUCAUUCACUUUUAGGUAGAUUUGAACAAGGACACGACCGAUAUGCAAACAAGUAUCAAGAAAAUCAAAACGGCGAAGUGGUUUGCCACUGAAGGUGAAGUCGCGUCGUUUCAGCACGUUUUUCCUAUCAGCGCCUUAGGUGCUCUCGGUGUCAGGAUAUCAACGAGCAAAAACCUUAGGGAGACGGUCACGACGGUAUCUCCUCUAUAUAUGAUGUGACAAAUUCUAAAUACUGCUUUUUAGACUUUACUCAGUGGAGAUUCAAACAAUUCCCAGCCUAUGGCGUUGUUGCAUGAAAUAAUAACUUAAAUUAUGUCUUCAUUACUUUGCUUUACAACUGUCAAUUUUCCAUCAUGCAAGAGAAACGCACAACCAGGUCGAUACCCAGUGCGUGCAUAUGAUUGCACAGACACACUUGCCCAUGCCAUAUGCGCAGUGGCUUGAGCUGAAAGAGGAUAAGCGAAAUAGCGAAGUCGUGCAGUAUCUAAAAAAGAUGACUCCAGAGGAUCGCUUGGAAAAAUUGAAAAAGAACAAAUUUUUCGAAUUUUUGCAGUUCCUCGAGACAGCCAUCGGCAAACGCGCACAAAAGCCUCUGCUCAUCCGCAUGAUCAAAAGGCAGAUGAACCGAGUAGCAGUCGAUGGUCUGGUCUUCGGGGAUCUCGUGCGCUUCCACGCGCGCAGCCGGCAGCUCUGUGACGGUGUAGACAUCGGAACGCGAUUCCAAGAAAUAUUCCACAAAGCAGGCGCGAACGCGUUACAACUCUUCAAACUCCUGCCGACAGCAGAGCAUGUAGAAUAUGGCCAGGGUCGUGGUCACUGGGAUGCUAUUGAAUCAUGAAGCUGAGAUGUCAGCUCUCGUAAUUGAUGCUGCUGCUUUGCUGGGAAACGGCUCCAUUCGGAAUGUGUACAAAUAGUUGUUGUCUCGAAAAAUCGAAUUCAUUCUAAAACUCUUGUUGAGGAGGCUGAAUCUUAUCCGAUCGUUUGCCAAUGCUUUUCUCUAAAAAACGAAGCUUCACUCGCAAAUUUUCGGACUCUUGGACGACUAUUUGAAGUUCGCAGACAGCAAUUUCAAUGUGCAGGAAACCGACCAAUGCGUCUGCCACAUCGAGCAAGCUGAGAAGCGUUGUGCGGACUUCUUGGAUGAUUUUCUCCACAUUCUAUGUUACCGAGCAACCUCGCAUAACUACGGUUUUUCACCGUCCGCUCGAAGUGGACAAGCGGGACCUCCAACAAGCUCCUGGCGAGCACUGCAACCAGAAAAUUGGGCCUGCCUAAUUCAGCUGGUUUCAUACGAGCUUGAGGUCGGCCGGGCCUUCUCGAGUCCCGGCAUAACAGCAUUUAGCAGCGCCUCGUCAUCAACCAAGUCAGGGUCAUCACCUAUCUCCUUCACUGCUGGAGGAAGUUCGAAAAUUACUACAGCUACAGCUUUAAGGCUAGAAUAUUGAAAAUUUUUCGAAGAUUUUUGAUGGUGAUAACCUUGACCUUUUACGAGCAGUUGUUUCCCACCAGAGCAAAAAAUAUUAUCCAUGCAUGCUGUCUAUUUUCCCAGGCAGACCCCGAUGCACACGCAAGUUUCUGAGCCUGAAGCUGUCGCAAUUAGCCCUAAGUCCUAUCUCGUCUAAUCCAAAAAGCAGUGGACCAAUCAGCAACCUCCGGUUUUGGCAAUGUGGUAAGAAGUAAUCCGUUCUUGCACACGGUUUCGACUUGGCGUUGUUUCGAGCGAGCUUCGAGCGCUCGCAUUGAGUCGGGCCUCACAUCAUCGAGAACAAGAGACGCUAUUCGCAACAUGGCAGUUACCGAACAGUGCAGCGCGAAAGAUUUCAGCUUUAUGAUUGCCACAGUAAAAACCAUGGGAGCUGCUGCAAAAUAAAGGAUGAUAAUAGAAUCUCCUGUCUUGACGUCCUUUUCGUGGUUUCUUCUAUAAAGUAGAUUUUUACAACAGAUGUGAGUGAAGCAAAUAAUGUUUACAGUUAUUAGUGGUAGUCAGACCACAAGAAUCGUCAAGAUCUCUUGUUUCGCCUGUCGGUAAAAAGAGUAAUUUUUCUAAGGAAUUCACAAAGAUGAAGAGCAGCAUGCAGGAUCCUAUUCUUGGAGGCAUCGCAAAGUACGUUGCCUUGCACGACAGGUUCUUAUCGCACGCCAAGGAUGUAAAGCAGCGAAUGAGGGAGCUUCAGGCUAGUGCCAAACUCACAAACGAAUACAUGUUUGGCGCGUCCUCCCCAACAAUUACGAAACGGGAUUUCGAGGAAGAUGAGGACAUAAACAUGAGCGGCGAACCGUCAAUGAAGCGGGUUAGGACCAUGUAGAGCUGGCUUUACCACUACUUUGGUCGAGAACUACAUGAUAGUCCUCAUACAGAUUCACGCUGCAGAGUGUCCUAUGAUCUCUAUCACCACGAUAAUCAAAAUCAUAAUCAUUGAGAAGCAGAGCAUGUAAGCUUCUUCGAUGAAGAAAGAUGAAAUGCUUCUUUUUGAUGUUGAAUAGAAGUAGAGCAUCUAGUACCCAGUUCGCAGGAAAUUGCGGGUGUACCGCAUGGAUUAUUACAGGGACAUGCUCAAAUAUGAGCGAAAGUCUGCUAGUCGCACUUCCCUCCCACUAUCACGGCAAGAUUUUAACGCGAAUAUAGGUAAGAGACAUACUUUAAUCAGCACCACUGGGGUGCACCUAAGAAAUUGUUCAGGAUUUUGAGCAAAUACAAUGUAUUGUCAUGCUUUCGAAUGCUGAUGAAUAUUUUUUUGCUAUGUAUGAUUGAUUUUGAUGCCGUUGCUGUCAUAAGAUAACAACCGACGAUGCAGCACUGGGAUCUUGUGCACGUUGCCUAAGCGGUGCAACUCCAACACGCUUCUGGUUUGGUAGUAAGUUUUACUUGUGAUGAUUGACUACUCAUUUACUAUCCCAGUACCAAAACGAAUUCUUCUGUAUAUUUACGUAAUUAACUUCAACAUCACAUGCGUGUGUGAUUCAUUUCCUUCGUGAUCAUGUGGUCAAAAUAUUCAUCCAUAGACACAGGACAAAAUCUGCUGCAGGAAUUUGGCGACUGUAACGUUGAUCUACUCCGGUCGUCCACUCCUCGUGACAAAGUUAUCACGAUGUGGCGAUAGCCAUAGUCGCGACAUGCGCUGAACGCUAAUUUAUUUUGACUUUCUGGAUGGUGCAUCUCUAAGCAGAAACUGCAGCAUAUCAAUACAUUUUCAGAGUAUGGAUACACUUACACAUGCGACAUAGCCAAUGACGUUCCAGAAAACGCUUCACUCUAAGGAGUUGCAGCACAACUACUCAUCGUGUGACAAGACUAUGACUGAAGCAACGGGGCGUAU